GCCACCCACGGGACUAUUCUGGAAGUACAUUGAACCCUAAUUUCCUCGUUUGAGUUUCAUUUCAGUUUCUCUCAUUUCCCGCAAGUUAUCCAAAUCAAUCGUUCCCCCCAACCUAUCUUCCCACCCUCCUCCCACAGCUGUUAUAUUUAUCCACCUCACUUAUUCCCGUCCACUGAGCCGCCCAGUUUUCCGCAGUUGAAGGAACACAGUUUUUGAACUUCUAUAGAGAACAUGGCUGCAUCUGAAGAGAAUAGUGCACUUUUCCCGAUCUUUAUCUUGACUCUAAUGGCUCUGCCAUUAGUGCCUUACACAAUUGUUAAGUUAAGUCGAUCUUUUACCAAAAAGUCUACCAGCAUCAACUGUCAAUGUUCAGUUUGCUUUCAGUCUGGGAAGUAUAGGAGAUCCAUUUUCAAGAGGAUAUCAAACUUCUCAACUUAUAGCAAUUUGACAAUCGUGUUGCUCUGGAUUGUAAUGGGUAUACUGGUGUACUACAUAAGAAGUAUUAGCAGUGAGAUUGAUAUAUUUGAGCCAUUCGGUAUACUUGGACUGGAAGCUGGAGCAUCCGAAUCAGAAAUAAAGAAGGCAUACAGGAGAUUAUCAAUUCAAUAUCACCCGGAUAAAAAUCCUGAUCCAGAGGCCCAUACAUAUUUCGUGGAGUAUAUUUCAAAGGCUUAUCAAGCUCUAACAGAUCCUAUUUCGCGUGAAAAUUUUGAGAAAUAUGGUCAUCCAGAUGGGAGGCAGGGACUUCAAAUGGGUAUUGCCCUCCCUCAGUUCCUGUUAAAUAUUGAUGGAGCAUCCGGUGGAAUACUGUUGCUUGGAAUAGUUGGAGUGUGUAUAAUUUUACCCCUCACGAUUGCUGUUAUUUAUUUAUCAAGGUCUGCAAAAUAUACUGGAAACUACGUUAUGCAUUCCACAUUAGCUGCGUAUUACCACCUAAUGAAACCAUCUCUAGCUCCAAGCAAGGUCAUGGAUGUCUUCAUUAAAGCUUCAGAAUACAUGGAAAUUCCUGUUCGUCGGAUCGAUGAUGAACCUCUUCAGAAAUUGUUUGUUUUAGUCAGGAGUGAGCUUAAUUUAGAUCUUAAAAACAUCCGCCAAGAGCAAGCUAAGUUUUGGAAGCAGCAUCCUGCAUUGGUGAAGACUGAAUUGUUGAUUCAAGCUCAGCUAACUCGUGAAAUAUCAGCAUUAUCUCCAAAUUUGCAACGUGAUUUCAGACGCGUUCUUGAACUUGCUCCUCGUCUUCUUGAAGAACUGAUGAAGAUGGCCAUUAUUCCACGCCCUCCCCUCGGUCGUGGAUGGCUGCGGCCAGCAAUUGGAGUGGUUGAAUUAUCUCAAAGUGUUGUUCAGGCAGUUCAACUUAGUGCAAGAAAAGUUACAGGUGGAUCUAGUGAAGGAUAUGGUCCUUUUCUACAGCUACCACACUUCAGUGAGGCUGUCGUAAAGAAGAUAGGAAGAAAGAAAGUGCGCACAUUUCAAGACUUCGUAGAGAUGACAGGGCAAGAGCGUAUUGACCUUUUGACCCAAGUUGCUGGAUUCUCUGAUGCCGAGUCCCAAGACGUGGAGAUGGUUCUGGAGAUGAUACCUUCAAUAUCAAUUGACAUCUCAUGCGAGACAGAAGGGGAAGAGGGGAUUCAAGAGGGUGACAUUGUGACCAUGCAUGCUUGGAUCACUCUGAAGCGUCGGAAUGGUUUGAUCCGUGCACUCCCACACUCACCCCACUUCCCCUUCGACAAAGAGGAGAAUUUCUGGUUGCUGCUGGCCGACCCUAUUUCAAACGAUGUAUGGCUAUCCCAGAAGGUGAGCUUCAUGGAUGAAUCCACUGCUGUGACUGCUGCCUCAAAAGCGAUUCAAGAGUCGAAGGAGGGGUGCGGAGCCACUGCCAGGGAAAUAAAUGCAGCGGUCAGAGAAGCAAUCGAGAAAGUAAAAAAUGGGUCAAGGCUUGUGAUGGGGAAGUUCCAGGCGCCACAGGAGGGGAACUACAACUUGACCUCUUUCUGCUUGUGUGACGCUUGGCUCGGUUGUGAUGCAAAGACAAACUUGAAACUGAAGGUUCUGAAACGCAGCAGGGCCGGGACCCGUGGUAGUGGUGGUGCGGACGAGACCACUCAGGCUGCUGCUGUUGAAGAAGGGAUUGAAGAGGAGGCGGACGAGGAUAGCGGAUAUGAUGACUAUGAGAGUGAGUAUAGUGAAGAUGAAGAAGACAGCACUAAACAAGACACAAAGGAUGGUGGAAAGCUAGAUGUUGUGGCCGCCAAUGGCACGACAGCUCACAAGGAUGACGACAAUGGCUCAAGCAGUUCUGACUAAAUAUAUAUGAUUACCUCGCCUGAUAUAUCUGUACGACCCUCCAGUGUGAGGUUUGUUAGUUAUGUUUGACAAGUGCAGUUGAAGAUCAUGCAUGCAUAUGGGAAUGAAAGCAGCAAGCAUCCCCAUGAGUGUGAGGUCUUCUUCUACAUCAAAGAGUAACGUGUAGACGGCUUCCUUGCACGAAUUGAUACACAAUACCCAGUUUUUUAUAUAUAAUCAUAUAGUUGCAUUCAAUAUCUUUAAUGAUGGAAAAGACCUGGACUGGAAAAGCAUUCAUUCCCACAGGUUUAAGAAGUGGCAUUUGACCAUUUGAAUAUCCAACCCAUCUUUGGCCAUGAGAGCUCGGAGUUGUCCCCCCCUAAUAUCAAGCUGCCUGCUGAAAUGCAAGAAAAUGCUGAUUCUUAAUUGCCUACGUGAAGAAUGAAGCACCCAUGCAUGAUGAGAGAAGGGCAGGACUGAAUCUGUAAGGUCCACACUAUUUCAAGAAAGGAUAAGUUUUGAAGAAUUAGGAAAUAUUCUUAGCAAAGAUCCCAUUGACAUCCUAUAUUGAAACUUCGUGCCUAUAUUUCAAUGCUCAUUACAAAUUAUGAAUGAGUGAACUACCUACGGUACUGAGAAUAGAAAACUUAACACCCG